UCCUCUUCUCUCUCUCCAUUGUGAUAGAGAAUAAAAAACAGAGUUUCUUUCUCUCUCUUUUUAAAGAUCUUGGACAGAGACAUAAACUGAAACUUACAACUAUUGAGAACCCAUAUCUCCUAAUAUCUUGCUGUACAAAUAAUCUAUAUUUGCAAGGUGUGAAGGAAUGCUGUGGAGUACAGUUAAUAAAGAACGAGUCGUAACGGCGGAGUAGGAACGAUUUAGGUUACUAUUAUUAGUUAAUCCAGGAUCCAAGAUCCGUUAUCCGAUCAGAUUUCAUAUUUUUCUCUUCAGACAAAACCCUAAAGAUAUUCUGAAGAAACUGUUUGAAACUCAUUUGAUUUCCAAGAUCUAUUGCCUCGAUAUCAGUUUCAUUCUCGCGGUUCUUACAGUAAGAAACAAGAACCUGAAAAAUGGGUGCGCAGAUUAUACUCUGUGAUGGCUUCGAGGUGGUGUCUCCGCCGGAGAUGAGCGACCUAAUACUCUUCGGAAGCGACCAAUCAAGUGGCUCAAACUGCGGUGAAUCAACGGUCACCACCGAAGAAGACGGCACUGUGUUUUCAGGAGAUAGUUCGCCGGGAGGUGCUGCUGAAGAAGAAUGGCCUGAAGCUAAUAAGCCUUUCUCGUUCUACUUCGUUAAGCGACCGGCUUACGAUGAUCCCGAGAUCAAAGCCAAGAUCAACGAAGCUGAUUCAGAGAUCUACCAGUAUAAUAAACUCCGGAUUGAUAUCUCAAAUGCUCAGAAAACCGAAAGGGCUGAGAUUUCGUCUUUGUUUGCUCAAAUGGAGAGUUUGGGUCCAAAAUCAGAAGGAUAUAAAAUGGUUUUCGAGGAGAAGAAGAAGGAGUUUGAUGCUCUGCAGGAAGCUCUACGGAAUCAACGGUGCUCUAGCACAGACCAGCUUUGCUUUUCAAUGGAGGAACUCAAUCAUCUUGUUUACAUAGCACACUACGUGAUUGAACAUGGAAGCAUUGGUUUGGAGGAAGAACACUGGGUGCUUAAAGAGACAGAGAAGUCUAACGAGAUAGUAUCAAAUGAGGAUUCUCUUGUGCAGAAAGAAGCUUCCAUAGACCGUCUCAAGUUAAUGGCUGUGGAACUGAAUGAAGUAAAGAAGGAGCUUGAAGCCACUACAUGGAACAUUAACCGCUUGAGUGAAAAACUGGGACAGAUUCAGAACAAGAUGAUGAUGUUGGAUGUAGAAAUGGCGCACGUACUUGAGCUGAGAGACAGAUCAUAUGAAAGGAUUAAAAUGCUGAGGAUACAACGAGACAAAGGGAAUGCUGCGUAUUUCCAGAGCCUUGCUGUUAUGAGGAAAGCUAAAGAACUAGCUGCUUCUGGAAACGUUAGAGAUCUUGAAGUGUUCUCUAGCUCCGAGGUUGAUAGAUUCAUGACUAGUUGGAACAAUGACAAGGCUUAUAGAGAUGAUUACGUGAAAAGAAUAUCUCUUUCACUCUAUGAAAGAGAGCUGAGUUUAGAUGGACGGAUUAGAGAUCAAGAAAGCAAAGCUCAGGUUGUUCAAGAAAAGCAAGCUUUAGUGAAGAAUAAAAAAGAAGGCAUGGUGGUAAUGCACAAGAGGAAUAGAGAAGACUCCAGCUCCAGCUCGUCUCAAGAUGGAACUGUAAUCACUGCUAAACAAAAGAAAGAAGUGAGGAAGAAGGUGAUAGAUUUCAACAGGUCAAGUGAUGAGGAGAGUGUAGUUACAGAUUUGGAGUUCCCGGUGUAUGAGAACCCGAAAAAGCAAGAAGAAGAGGUUGAUGAAGAGACUUUGAAGGAGAUGAAACGAGAAGAGCAGCUAGAGAAAGCUAAGUUAGCUAUGGAAAGGAAGAAGAAGCUACAAGAGAAAGCUGCUGCUAAAGCUGCUUUAAGAGCUCAAAAGGAAGCUGAAAAGAAACUCAAGGAGUGUGAGAAGAAAGCUAAGAAGAAAGCUGCAGCAAACUCUUCUGAACUAGACAAAUCACAAGAAGUAAGCAAUGAGCUGGAAGAGGUUAGGAGUUUAGCGGUCUCAGGGAAAGAGAAACAGAGAUCAAUGUUUCCAAAGAAGAGAAGUUUCAGGUACAAACACCGUGGAAGAGGAACCGAAGCUCUCCCUAAAGCCAUCCUAAACCGUAGAAGGGCACAUCAAUACUGGGUUUGGGGGGUUUCAUCUGCUGCACUUGCUCUGGCUCUCUCCCUUGGCGUUUUACUUUUACGGUGAACUGAAGAAGGAAAUGCACACUAAAAGGGUUUUGACUUUACCUAAUUGGAAGGAGGAGCUGCUUAAUAGACUUUCAAAGUUAGCUUAAUAGUGUCAUACCCUUAGAUGUUAGUUGAUAUAGUGAAACAUCCACUAUAUAGUGAACUCUAUGGAUUGAAAAUCCACUUAAUAGUUACAGUCAAGAGACUUCAUUUGUUACAUCUCGUGAGACAUCAGACAUUACAAGUAAUAUCAACAAAAC